AUGACCAGCCACGCGCCCUUAGUGGCCUCCAUCAGCCACCAAAUGGUGGCUCUGCAGACCUUGCAGCUGUUGCAGCAAGAGUGGGGUUGGGGGGAUGGUCCGGGAGCCCCCGGGAACCCGCGCGAACCGGACCACGUGUCCGCCGCCCCAGUCCUUCGCUCAGGCCCGCUGCGGGCCCGACCUGGGUCCGGGAGUGAGGAGGGGACAGCGAGGGUCAGGAAUGGGGGUGCUGCGACUCCACUUGGCUCCCCCGAGAUGGAAAUGGCGCCAGACACUGAAGGGGAUGCGGAGUUUCUUCCCUUCCCCCGAAUCCGCGAACCCUGCUCCCUAGCUCGGAUGGCGAUGCGCAGCGCGCUGGCCCGCGUGGUGGACUCCACCUCAGAGCUGGUCAGCGUGGAGCAGACGCUGCUGGGCCCCCUGCAGCAGGAGCGGGCAUUCCCCAUCCACCUAAAGGAUAGUGUUGAGUUUAGAAACAUCUGCAGUCAUCUGGCUCUACAAAUUGAAGGCCAGCAAUUUGACAGAGACUUGAAUGCUGCCCACCAGUGUUUGAAGACCAUAGUCAAGAAGCUGAUUCAGUCGCUUGCUAACCUUCCUUCGGAUUCUCACAUGGUAGCUUGUGCCUCCUUGAGACAGAUCUUACAGAAUCUCCCAGAUGUAUGA